AUGGGAAUUUGUCAGUCUGGGGAAGAUACCCGACAGGCUGAAAGAAACUGUCAAAUUGACAAACAAUUGGAAAAAGAUAAAGUUAAACAGGAAUACAAAAUUUUACUUUUAGGCAGCGGGGAGUCUGGAAAAUCAACAAUAUUGAAACAAAUGAAGAUUAUAAACCAGAAUGGUUACUCAAAAGACGAAUUGAGAUCCUGGAAAGUCAUUGUAUAUAGAAAUUUAAUAGAAUCAGCACAAACUUUAAUUCAGGCGAUGACAGAUUUGGGUUUAACAUUUGAUGACUCGUCUAAUAAUGAGCAUGCAAAUGUCGUUACAAGCUAUCAAUUUCCAGGGGGUAAUAGUAUUCAACUUGAUACUUCGGUAAUUGAUGCUAUUGAGAACGUAUGGUCUGAUCCAAAAACGAAAUCGUGUAUACAGGAAAGAGUUAGUGAGUUUUAUUUAAUGGAUUCAGCGCCUUACUUUUUUGAUGAGGUUAGGCGUGUUGGAAAACCCGACUAUGUUCCUACUGAGCAAGAUGUGUUACGUGCAAGGCUUAAAACUACCGGGAUUACAGAAAUAAAGUUUCAGCACAAAAAACAGACAUAUAUACAUAUGUUUGACGUGGGGGGACAAAGAUCUGAAAGGAGAAAAUGGAUUCACUGUUUUGACGCCGUGAGCUCGAUUAUUUUUUGUGUGGCUUUAAGCGAGUACGAUCAAGUGUUAUUAGAGGAGACCAAACAGAACCGCAUGUUGGAAAGUAUUGCGUUAUUUGAAUCCGUUGUUAAUAGUAGAUGGUUUGUACGCACCUCAAUAAUGCUGUUCCUUAACAAGGUCGAUCUGUUCAAAACAAAAGUUGCACGAGUUCCUUUAGAGAAAUACUUUCCUGAUUACGGAGGAGGAAACGAUAUUAACAAGGCUGUAAAAUAUAUAUUGUGGAGAUUUCUUCAAGCUAAUAGACCCAAACUAAAUGUUUAUCCUCAUUUAACUCAGGCGACAAAUACAAACAAUAUUCGUUUUGUAUUCGUUACUGUUGAAGAAACGUUACUACAAAACGCACUAAAGGCAUCCGGUAUGAUGUGA